GUCCUCUUGCUGGUGCACCACCACUUCAUCUCCGCGGCACCGCCACCUGGCUUUCCUUGUCUGCUUUGAGCGAAGGAUUUCCCCGUCGUAGUCACUGUUCCUCCCCCGUUGACAGUGGGAGGAGAAGAGAUGCGUGCAUGUGUAAGCUUCCCACCAACUUCUUCCUCCAUAUCAGGUGGUGGUACCACGCGGAAUUCAUCCACCCCACUAUAAUAAACACACGAUUGCCGAGGUUGCAUGUCAGCAGUGGGGUGAGGAGGAGGGAGAAGGUGGGAGAGAGAUGGGGUUACACAGCCUGCCGAGCGCCGCCGAGGCCUUCUUUCCCUUCGCGCUGCUGGCUUACGCUUUGCUCCCGGUGGCGCUGCUGGUGGACGGGGUCAGAUGGGCGGUGGUUCGAAUGAUCGGAUUAGUCGGUGGCGGUGAUGGGGAAGAGGAGCGCAUGCCAGACGUCGGAGCACGCGUCGUGGUGUGGAGGCACGAGGGUGGCGUCGACGACGGAGAGUGCUGCGUGUGCCUCCAUGGCUUCGAGGCGGCGGCGGAGGUGAGCCAGGUGGCGGCAUGCAGGCACUUCUUCCACAGAGAGUGCUUGGAGAGGUGGCUGUCUCACCUGUACGCCACCUGCCCCCUCUGCAGAUCCAUGGUGUAAGCAUCGUGUUGCUGCAGCGAUUGCUUCCUCUUUUGCAUUUGGAUCAGCGGUUGUAUUGGAUUAUGUGAUUCGGAGAUGUCGCCAUGGAUGGAUACUGCAGAAUCCAUGCAACCAUGUUGCAGUGUGUUCAUGUAUCAAUUAGAAUCACCAUAAACUAGUAUUAGUACGUAGUUUGUACAUGAGAACAGGGGAUUCUACUACUACUUGUCAUCAAUAUCUAAUUUUGAUUUCCUUGUUUUUACCGAAGAUUGAUGUCUUCUUUGAUCGAAGAGA